AUGUCGUCGUUCAUGUCAUCUAUGGUCGCCACCAUGCAGAUAUUAGCCAACACUCCCAUGGUGCCACCACUGCCAAAAUCCGAUACAAGCGAGGUUCCCAUGGUGGAUUUUCCUCCACCACCGAGGAGGAAUAGUGUUGACUCAUCCAGAACCAGUAUGGACAGCGUGACUUCGUCAGACUCCGAGUCAACGCCGUCCUUUGGGAAAGGAACAGGAGAAAUUCCAUGA